CCCCCAGCAGGAGGAGGACUGGGGCUGGCAGAACAUUCGCCCGCCGCCUCCCUCCGCCGCGCCGGGUCAAGAGGGAAGCGCAGCUCGGCGGCGCCUGCCAACGCCCCCUGCCCUCCCGAGCCCCGAACAGAUCCGCUAGCUGGCCCGCGUAUCCCACCGCAGCUGCUCCCCUUCAGGAUGAGGCUUCCGUGCCUGGCCUGCCUGGUCAUCGUCUGCCUGCUUGUCGCACCGACGGUUCCCUCGGAAGCUCGGACGUUUUUAUCUCAGCAUCAUGCCUCAGAAUUCUUGGUCAGAAAACGUCGGGCAAAUUCCUUUGUGGAAGAAAGCAAGAAGGGAAAUUUGGAACGGGAGUGCAUUGAAGAAUUGUGCAAUAAGGAAGAAGCCAGAGAAGUCUUUGAAAACAACCCUGAAACGGAAUAUUUCUAUCCCAAAUAUUUAGAUUGCCUGGCCUCUCACCGAGCAGGACUUUUCAGGGCAACUCCAGUGACUUCAGAUGUUCCAGCUGACCUGAGGUCUUGUGUGAAGGUAAUUUCAAAUCAGUGUAUUCCUCUGCCAUGCAAUGAAGAUGGUUAUAAAGAAUGCAGAGAUGGCCAAGCGAAGUUCACCUGCAUCUGUAAGCCAGGAUGGCAAGGAGAGAGAUGUGAAGAAGAUAUAAAUGAAUGUGAAGAUCCAGUAAAUAGAAAUGGAGGGUGCAGUCAAAUUUGUAUUAAUUUUCCUGGAAACUAUCGCUGUUCCUGUGAAGAUGGUUACUUUAUGCUUCCAAAUAAAAUGAACUGCAGGGACAGGAAUGAGUGCAUGUUAGACCGAAACAUUUGUGGAACGGCACUAUGCAAGAAUACUCCUGGGAAGUAUGAAUGUGAAUGUGCAGAAGGUUAUGGCUAUAAUUCGACUACAAAGAAAUGUGAAGAUGUAGAUGAAUGUGCCGAAAACAUUUGUUCUCAAAUGUGUAUCAAUUCUCCAGGAAGCUACACUUGCUAUUGUGAUGGCAAGAAAGGCUUCAAGCUUGCUAGAGACAUGAAAACUUGUGAGCCUGUGCAAGAUUGUCUCACGCUGAAUCUUGAAACCAAUUAUGAAUUGCUUUAUCUGGCAGAGCAAUUUAUAGGGAUUCCUGUUUUAUAUUUAAGGUUUAGACUGCCAGAAGUUACAAGGUUUUCAGCCGAAUUUGAUUUUCGGACCUACGAUAAUGAGGGUGUUAUAUUGUAUGCUGAAUCUCCUGAUUAUACAUCAUGGAUUUUGCUUGCACUUCGUGAUGGGAAGAUUGAAAUUCAGUUCAAGAAUGAAGUGGCAACCAAAGUAACAGCUGGUGGCAAAGCCCUUAAUGAUGGCUUGUGGCACAUAAUCUCUGUGGAGGAAUUAGAACAUAGCAUCACUGUAAAAAUAGCAAAAGAAGCAGUGAUGAAUAUUAACAGUCCAAGAAAUCUUUUUAAGCCAUCCAAUGGCUUUUUGGAGACAAAGGUAUACAUUGCUGGUCUACCUCGCAAAGUGGACAACACUCUCAUUAAAGCGAUUAAUCCCCGUCUAGAUGGAUGCAUUCGUGCCUGGAACCUGAUGAAUCAAGGGAAUUCUGGUGUGAAAGAAGUCAUUCAAGAGAAACAAAGUAAACACUGUUUAGUAAAUGUUAGAAAGGGAUCUUAUUACCCUGGUACUGGAGUGGCAAAGUUUCAAGUUAGCUACAACAACAGCCUCAGCAAUACAGAAGAUUGGUUGAUAAAUUUCACUUUGACCAUUCGUCCAUCCAGAAGCACAGGAGUGAUGCUUGCCUUGAUUUCUGGGGAAACAGUACCUCUUGCUUUAUCAAUAGUAGAGUCCAACUCAUCAAACUCCCAGGAACUCAUUGUGUCUAUUGAGAAUGUCAUUGUUGCCCGUUUGGAGUCAGAGAAGUUAUGUACCUCGAGAAGAGUGCUAGUAGGACUCCGAAUCAGCAGGGAGUUGCUUGAACUUACUGCUGAUUCACAUUCAGAUAUCACUUACUUGGAUAAACAGUUUGGUGUCCUGGAUCAAGCAAUGAGGGGACCCAUUGAUACCUAUCUAGGUGGCAUUCCUGAUAUGCCAAUCGAUGCAACCCCAGUAACGCUUUUUUAUAAUGGUUGCAUGGAGGUGAAGGUCAAUGAGGAGCCCUUGGAUCUGGACGAAGCUGUCUUCAAGAAGAAUGACAUCCGAUCACAUUCGUGCCCUUUGAUUAUGAAUGAAAUGCAGAAUUCUGAAGUUGAUGAUAUCUUCUAAGAGAAUCCAGAUCGUUUUGUACAAAAUGGAUAGAAUUAGAAAUUGAACUGCAAAGAUUCUCCUUUUUAAUGGUAUAUUUUGAGAACCAAUAAAUUGUAUCCUUUUCCAGUAUAAAGGGAGAACACCAGGAUUAAUAUUCCAUCGAAGAAAUCUGUGUCAUAACAUCUUAGUUGAAUAGGCUACCUGUCAACAUGUAUACAGUUUAUAUUUGUAUUUUACUUAAUUUGUAAAAUAAAAUCAGAGAACACCUGCCUGGUCUCAAUAUUUGGUAUGUUAUAAUGUGGUGGCUGCAAAUUAACACUGAACAGAUGGAAUCAAGUAUUUUCUUUUACCUUAUAAAAUAAUUUUGCAUCCAGAUCCUAAACUAUUCUGUACCAAUAGAAGAGUUUGCUGUGACCAAAAUAGCCCAGGUGAGCCUGAUCUCGUCAGAUCACAGAAGUUAAGCAGGGUCGACCCUGUUAGUAAUUGGAUGGGAGAUCUCCAACGAAGAUCAAGGUUGCAGAGGCAGGCAAUGACAAACCACCUCUGUUAGCCUCUUGCCCAUGAAAACCUUGGCAGGGGUCGCCAUAAGUCAGCUAUGACUUGAGGGCACUCUGCACCACCAUAGAAGAGUUUACAGUCUCAUAUACAGAGAGUGUACCAACACCUAUGCUAUCAGCCUGUCACACAUAUGAUGAUGAUGCAUCAAGGGGAUUACAAUCAGAUAAUGAGCACACAAAUGUUUGAGAUUAAAGUACCAGUGAGAUAAUUGUAACAGACUAUAUAUAUAAAUUAUAUUAAAUGGAUCCAAUCUUUUUCCUAAGGUAGACAUACUAACAGCAGCAGCCAAGCUCAACCUUCUGUCAAAUACUUCCAGUAAUAAAGUAAGCUGUAUACUGUUUAUGUAAUCUUCUGUGUCAAAAGAUUGCCUUUUGUGGUAUAUUUCAGAUGAUACACAUUCGGCAAAAUGUGAAAGGGAUGUAUUUAAUAGUGGACAGAGUGAAAGCUUGAAUUCACAUUAAAGCCUGUUCUGCAUUCGAGGUGAGGGAUUCUAGUAUUGUAGUUCUAGUAAGAAUGAUCUGAACAUGAAUUAGUUUAGUGUCCUGUCGUUGUCAGAGAGCAGCUUUAGGGCAUCCAGUGACAGCCCGUUUUCUCACAGCACAGCAUACAUCUCCAUUAACUGAUGGUGAAUUCUCAUUUCUAAUUGGUAAAGUUAGAUAUUGCUUGAAACCAGCACACUGUAGCCAGAUGAUAAAUUGAACCAUAACUUAUAGUAUAAUAUUACUAUUCGUGCUGAAGGAACUGUGUAUGCCAAUGAGGUUUAUCUUUAACACAUUUACUUGGCUCCAUUGAAAUCAAUUGGACUUCCAAGUAAAUGUAUUUAGGAUUCUGGUACCAGUGCAUUAGAAUUUAAUGGUCUGGCACCUUAAUUCCAAGGUUCCAGCAACCUGAAAUGAUGACCAGAGCAAACUUGUAGCCUAAAAUCAGCUUUAAAUACCAAUCCAAAUUUUACUUUCCUGGGAAUAAGCUCCGCUGAAUAAAAAUGUGUCUUACUUCUAAAUGGACCUGUUUAGGACUGCUCACUUAAUCAGUGGAAAGUGAGUGUAUCUAAGGCAGGAUCCAAUCAUAGAAGGUGCUGGGAAAUUCAUGAUUGGAUCUUUCCAGUGGCUUUUUAACAAAACUACAGCAGUAUCAGGAACCCAGUUUGGAUCAGGAGUGUGCCAGGAUAGAAAACAGGUAAAUCUUUUCAUCCCUGCAUAGUUUCACAAAUUGAAACAAGGUUUUUAAUAUUUUAUAGCCCUCUAAAUAAAAAGUUGGGCACCCAUUUUUCUUAACUGGCAAGCAACAAUGCUGUGAUUAACAAAAUCAUACUACAGAUAAACGCCCCCUCAAGAGUGUGUGUGGUUCCAAUCCAAGCUAGAGCCAAUCCUUUAAAAGACUGGUGGAGAUUCAUGAUCUCUAACAGGUCUAGUUUAAUCUCAGAGGUAAACUUCUAGCCUAAAGACCAUGAUCCUAAACUGCAUGGAAUUCACUUUCAGAAGCUCUUGAAAUCUUGGUUCUCCAUACAUAUGCUUGCAUGUAGAAAUGUUCUUUUUCUACUGUGUUGCCAUCCUUGCACAAGAUUGCUGUGCCAAAUAGUUUUGGGUUUUUUAAAGUAUGAAGUGAUUUGGCAGAUGAACACUCUGGGCUCCUGGGAGAAAAGUAAGCAGGAAUAGAUGAUUGGAAAUGUAGAUCACUGGCAUGCACCUGAUCAGAUCUGGCUUGUUGUCACUAUUUCUAGAUAUAGAUGCAGUAAAAGUACAUAUUGCAGAACUGUGCCAGAAGAAGAGGGCUAAAUGCUUCUGUGUUGUGUUUUCUCAAAGCCAAGGAGGGUAAGGAAUAUUUAUAAAUAAAAACACAUGACAAAUGAGUUUGUUCCCUAUACUUUUAAUUGAUUUACAUUUUUUCCUGUAUUAAUAUUGUAAUGUGUUCUGAUUCUAAUGUAAAAUACUGAGCUGGAUGAAUUUUUUUUCCAAAGUGUAAAUGCUGGUCUAACAAAAAUAAAAGAGAAUUUGCAAAUA